CGGUGCCGCUGUCGCUGAAAAUGUCCAUAGAGGAUCGAGUUACACUACGCCCCAUCUUUAAGCCCCAGUCAGUGCGCCGUUAGCCGCAGGACAACAGAGGAUAGGAUAGGAUACUGGCCGCCGGGAAAGCAAAGGCUCCACACCCAUGCCCUGAAAAAGGAAAGAGUUUGAAAUUGCUGUUAAUGGGGAGAAAUCACAUUCACAUGGAGUUCUAAAAAUGAUAGAAACAAUGGAUACGCAGCGUGCCUUGCAGGCUGUGGAACGUCUCCAGGCCAAACUGAAGGAGCGGGGGGAGGUGCCCACUGAGGAGAAGCUCAGCCUGCUCAAAUCAGUGCUCCAGAGCCCCCUCUUCCACCAGAUCCUCGCCUUGCAGAAGUCUGUCCAGCAUGUCAGAGACCAGGGGAGUGUCCCAGCGUCACGUGGGAGUGACCUUAGUGAUCACGUAGCAGAAGUCAAGCCCAAUGGCGGCCAUGUUUCCUACUCAGACAUAUCAGCUUCUACACUCAUCAAUGGCAAGACAGCAUCUGAAGAAUUUGAACUCCUUAUUCACACCAUGGCCCAGGGGCGCUACGUGACACACGUGGACCUGCAGAAGCCAGAGUCAGGAGGUCUUGGCUUCAGCGUGGUGGGCCUAAAGAGCGAGAACCGUGGAGAGCUUGGCAUCUUCAUCCAGGAAAUCCAACCAGGAAGUGUGGCUGACUGUGAUGGGAAGCUCAAAGAAGCUGACCAGAUCUUAGCCAUCAAUGGCCAGCUCCUGGACCAGACAGUGACCCACCAGCAGGCUAUAGGCAUCCUGCAGAGUGCUUCAGAGAGGGUGCAGCUCACGGUGGCACGAGGACCAAUACCUCAACUGACCAGUCCCGUGGUGUCCCGCACGCCCUCUGCUGCCAGUACACUGUCAGCCAACUCCAGCGCGUGGCAGCACGUGGAAACAAUUGAGCUGGUCAACGACGGCACCGGUCUCGGCUUCGGUAUUGUGGGAGGAAAGACCACUGGGGUUAUCGUCAAAACCAUCCUUCCUGGAGGCAUAGCUGAUCAGGAUGGCCGCCUGCGCAGUGGGGACCACAUCCUGAGAAUCGGAGACACUGACCUGCACGGCAUGGGCAGCGAACAGGUGGCCCAAGUCCUCAGGCAGUGUGGCAACAGGGUGAAGCUGGUGGUUACCAGGGGCCCUGUGGAUGAGAAUCCCUCCGUCUCUGCUGUCAUGCCUGUGGUGCUCCCCACUGUCAAUGAACAGGGCUAUGAGGAAGAAGAGGAUGAAGCAUUUGAUGUGAGCCUUACCAAGAACACGCAGGGACUGGGGAUCACUAUUGCUGGCUAUGUUGGAGAUAAAAAUGCAGAGCCCUCUGGCAUUUUUGUUAAGAGCAUAACAAAAGGCAGUGCCGUAGAUCAAGAUGGCCGAAUUCACGUUGGAGACCAGAUAAUAGCUGUUGAUGGUGUAAACAUCCAGGGAUACACCAAUCAGCAGGCAGUGGAAGUGCUCAGACACACGAGCCAGACAGUCCACCUUAAGCUGAUCCGGCGGGACUUCAGACCUGAUGAGAUCCCCCCUGUUGUGACCCCUGGUGUCAGCGCCCUGUCCCCUUGCACCACCAUCCCCACCACCGCCGUUGUCAUGAUGGAGCUGGAGCUAGACAGAAAGAAGGCUGAGGAGGCUGCUGAAGUCACCACAGAUGAAAAGCCACUCCAGACAAAGAGUGGAGGAUCUGAUGUCAGCCCAGCAACGGAUCAGCUAACAGAAGACACACAUGGGAUAAAGUUAACACCCUUUGAAGAGGAAGAACUAAUGAAGAAGUGGCUCGAGAUUCUGGGUCCAAGUAAUGAAGUUGUUGUGGCUCAGGUGGAGAAGUUUAGUGAGAACAGCGGCCUGGGCAUCAGUUUAGAAGCCAACAGUGGGCAUCAUUACAUCCGCUCUGUCCUACCUGAGGGACCCGUAGGUCGCUGUGGCAAGCUGUUCAGUGGAGAUGAACUGCUUGAGGUCAAUGGUAUAUCCCUGAUUGGUGAAACCCACAAGGAAGUAGUCAGGAUCUUGAAGGAGCUUCCACUCUGUGUAUACAUGACAUGCUGUAGGCCCGCCCCUUACCUGCAGACUGUUAUGGAUGCUGUCCAACCAGAAUCAGAGACUUUGUCCAAAACGUCUAUAUUAAAGAAACAAAUAGACCUGAGCAGUGUUGUGGUUGCUGAAGACUCAGAAGUGAAUGCAGCGGCAGCGGAUAAUGUGACACAGGAGGCGAUAGGAUCUCCUUUGGCUAUGUGGGAGUUGGAGAUCCAGAAUAUCGAGCUUGAAAAGGGCGAAGGGGGAUUGGGAUUCAGCAUUCUGGACUACCAGGACCCACUGGACCCCGCCAAGACGGUGAUUGUGAUUCGCUCUCUUGUUCCCUGCGGUGUGGCCGAGCAGGAUGGCAGACUGUUGCCAGGAGACCGACUCAUGUAUGUUAACACUACCAACCUGGAGAACGCCAGUCUGGAGGAUGCUGUCCAGGCCCUGAAGGGAGCCGGCCUUGGCAAGGUCCAGAUAGGAGUUGCCAAACCACUGCCUGCAAUAUGUGGAUAUUCCCACUCUCCACACCCAUAUGGUGAGCAGGAAAUUACUUCAUCAUCCAUCAUCCAUUCAUUUGACUUCAACAAUAUUUUGGUUGAAGAAGGAGAGGAAGAAGGACUGACUGAGGGCAUCGUAUACCGAGCAGAGCCUGCAUUGAUUGACACCAGCGAAGCGGAUCUGUCUGAUGAAAAGGUGUUAGAUCACACUUACUCUGGGAUGGAGGACGACACUUUCCAGGCAUCCAUGAUUGCUCUUCAUGGUAGCAGCUGUAGCGCAGACCUGGAUUACCUGCACGCAUCUACGCCCAAGCUGACAGCUCGCCUGGACUUGUUGGAUGAGCAUCCCUGCUUUGCAACACCAUCUGGCCUUGCAGACAACACUCAAGCGUUCUCCCCGGAGAAGUCCGCCUCUUUCUCUCCUCCGAGUUUGAGAGGUCAUGUCCCGACUUUUAAUGCCAUACUAAGCAGUUCUGAUCAGUUUCUGGCACUUCACUCGACCAAAGAAGAACCUGUGGAGUGCUCAAACUCAUACAGCCCGUUUGCUGAAAUAGGGAUCAGAUCGUCUGUCCCAGAUGAACCUCUGGAGUCGCUUCCCUAUCAGAAGGAGCCACCCAUGGCUUUUGAAGACAUUAAAGAUAUAAAGAUGUUCAUUAAGGACGAGGAGGCUGGUGUGAAAGAAUCAGCAGAAGACGGUGACGAAGAAGUACUGACCUCAGGGAGCAAUUUUGAAAGGACUAUCACAGUCGUCAAGGGCAACUCCAGCCUUGGGAUGACCGUGAGCGCCUUGAAAGAUGGUUUGGGAAUGCUGAUUCGCAGUAUUAUCAACGGUGGCUCCAUUAGCAGAGACGGACGGCUGGGCGUUGGCGAUCUCAUCCUCGCCAUAAACGGAGAGCUUACAGCCAACCUGACCAAUGCUCAGGCUCGCGGCAUGCUCAGACGACACUCUCUCAUUGGACCAGACAUGGGAUCUGCUUGUGCACCUGAGGAAGAUCUGUGCCCAUUUUAUGUCAUUACAUAUGUUCCAGCAGAGUAUCUGGAGGAGUACAAGACCAGCCUAGAGCAGGCUAAAGAUGAUCUCUUUUCUGAACCAGCUCCAGUCCCAGAUCCAAAAGAUAUUCCUAACCUCCCUGAACGGGAAGAUGGAGAGGGAGAGGAGAGCGCCUCUUACAGCAACUGGAACCAACCUAGAAAGGUGGAGCUCUUUCGAGCGCCAGGCAAGUCCCUGGGUAUCAGUAUCGUCGGGGGCCGAGGGAUGGGCAGCCGGCUGAACAAUGGUGAGGUGAUGAGAGGCAUUUUUAUCAAGCACAUCCUGGAGGACAGUCCUGCUGGACAGAAUGGGACCCUAAAGACUGGAGACAGAAUCGUAGAGGUGGAUGGAGCAGAUCUAAGAGAUGCCAGUCAUGAGGAGGCAGUGGAGGCCAUUCGCAGGGCAGGCAACACUGUCUCUUUCUUGGUGCAGAGCAUUAUCCACAGGCCCAGGUCAUCGGUAACAGACUCCAGUGAGGAGAGAGCUGCAGCUAUGACAAGGGACAAUAAGGACAAGGAGGGUUACAGUCACAGUAGACUUUUCCGCCUCUCCCCAAUUAACCCUUUCACUCCUACCCCGUUUAAGCUGGCAAAGCGUGAAGCGGCGAAGACAUCUCCCACCAGCACUGUCCUCCUGCCAGUGGUGCCCCAUGUGGGAGAGACCGAUACAGACACGCUGACAGAGAUUCCUGGAAGACCUGCUGAGACAGAGGAGGAGCAGGUGGUGGAGGAUGAGUUUGGAUACAGCUGGAAGAACAUAAUCCAGCGCUAUGGCAGCCUCCCCGGUGUCAUACACAUGAUUGAGCUGGAGAAAGGCAAGGCAGGCCUGGGCCUCAGCCUGGCGGGGAACAGGGACCGCUCUCGCAUGAGUGCGUUUGUGGUGGGAAUAGAUCCCAAUGGGGCAGCCGGCCUGGACAAACGUAUGGUAGUGGGGGAUGAGCUGCUGGAGAUCAAUGGGCAAGUCCUUUAUGGCCACAGUCACCAGAAUGCAUCCUCCAUAAUCAAGAGCUCUCCAUCCAAAGUCAAAAUCAUCUUUGUCAGGAACACGGAGGCGCUGAACCAGAUGGCUGUGGGACCUGUGAGCGAACACGAAGGAGACAAAGUGGGGCCCCACACUGAGGAGGACGGAGGACCUGGCAUCACCUUCGUGGAGGGGAACACUGAGAGUGGAGUUGAGAUUCAGAGUAUAUUUGAAGGGAAAGGGCACACAGGCAAAGAGGGCUGCAUGAAACCAGGGGACAAACUCUUAGCUGUGAAUGGUGAAUCUGUGCUAGGCUACACUGUGGAAGAGGUCAAUUCUCUACUGAGAAAAGCCAAAGGUCCAGUGAAGGUAGCCUUCUCUACAAAUGAGACCCCCUCUUCCUUGUCCUCUCUCCAGUCAACCUGCCAGGACGGUGAUUGCUCGCCUGACGUCCUUGCCAGCCUACCCAGCAUGCUUAGUGCCGCCACGACUACCCUGAGUCAACAGGAGGCGGAAGCAGUCACUAGUCUGAGUCGCUCUUCCACCCCUUCCACUCUGGCCUGCGACCCGGCGACCUGUCCCAUCAUCCCCGGCUGUGAGACCACCAUCGACAUCUCCAAGGGCCGCACAGGCCUGGGCCUUAGCAUCGUGGGAGGCUGUGACACCCUGCUGGGGGCCAUCAUUAUCCAUGAAGUUUAUGAAGAAGGGGCAGCCUCCAAAGAUGGCAGGCUUUGGGCAGGAGACCAAAUCCUAGAGGUGAACGGCAUCGACCUGCGUGCAGCCAGUCAUGAUGAAGCCAUCAAUGUGCUGCGGCAGACCCCGCAGAGAGUCCGGCUGGUGGUCUACAGGGACGAGGCCCAGUACAAGGAGGAAGACCUGUGGGACUCCUUCACUGUGGAGCUCCACAAGAGGCCUGGCCAGGGCCUGGGCCUGAGCAUUGUAGGGAGGAGAUCACGGGACGAGAGGAAUGACACAGGAGUGUUUGUGUCCGACAUUGUGAAAGGAGGUUUGGUGGACACUGACGGCCGACUGAUGCAGGGCGACCAGAUCCUGUCGGUCAACGGGGAGGAUGUCAGGUCGACCACUCAGGAGGCCGUAGCUGCACUACUCAAGUGCUGCGUGGGGCCUAUAAUAAUGGAAGUAGGGAGGUUUAAAGCAGGCCCUUUCCACUCAGAAAGACGGCUGUCUCAAUGUAGUCAGAUGAGUGAAACAGGCAGCACCAAGGUGGCCUCACAGUCAUGUUCAGACUCCGGGAACGUGCCCAGUGACUCUGUCAAACUAAGCAGGAAUCCAGAUUCUCCAGAGCAUCAGGACACUAGAACAGUUGAGUUCACUAAAGGUCCCAGUGAUUCUCUGGGUAUCAGUAUAGCAGGGGGCGUGGGCAGCCCUCUGGGUGAUAUUCCCAUUUUUAUCGCCAUGAUGAAUCCUGUUGGCCUGGCUGCUCAGACCCAGAAGCUCAAGAUUGGGGACCGCAUCGUCAGUAUCUGUGGAACCUCUGCUGAAGGCAUGACCCACUCACAGGCUGUCACUCUGCUCAAGAACGCCACAGGCACCAUACAGCUGCAGGUGGUAGCGGGUGGUGACACCACCGUGACGGGUCCCUCUCAGGAGCAGGCAGCUGCAGGUCUCACACCCAGCUGCAUCUUCCAGGAUGACCUCGGCCCACCUCAGUAUAAGACCAUCAAUCUUGAAAGAGGACCAGACGGACUGGGUUUCAGUAUAGUCGGAGGGUACGGCAGCCCGCAUGGAGACUUGCCGAUCUACGUUAAAACUGUUUUUGGAAAGGGGGCAGCAGCGGAGGACGGCCGCCUGAAGCGAGGAGACCAGAUAAUGGCCGUUAACGGGCAGACUCUGGAGGGCGUCACUCAUGAAGAAGCCGUUGGCAUCCUGAAAAGGACCAAAGGAACGGUCACGCUCACAGUGCUGUCAUAGACACAGUGCACGAAAACACACACACACACACACACACACAAUCUUCAGUUAUUUUCCUACACUUCUUAUCACACCCACAGUUAAUCCACAUCUACAAAGACUGAAACUUUAAAAUAGAAACACAGCUUGCAGGUGUGAUGUCAUGUCUAACAGUAGGAGAACUCAAACCAGCAUUAUUUCACGACUAGACGAUUGUGUUAAAAUCACCAGCUGUUCAUCUGUGAAAAUAUGAACACUGAAAUAGGAACAACCAUACACUGAUAAUUAUGAAGGGGCCUAUUGCUCAAUGUAGCUUUGAACACUGUGACCCACGUAAGUCUACAGCAAGUAGACUUAUGUACUGUAUAGUCAUGAUAAGAGCUUUUAUCACUGAAACAGUCCUGCAAAAUAGUAUGUUAAGUAGAUAUAUGAAUUCAUAACUAGCCAUACAGUUUUAAUUAAGUUGUUAUAUGAAUCUUAAAGAGGCCGUAAAUAGUAUUAGAAUCCUGGCUCAACUCAAUUACAUUCCAUGGCUCUGGAUUGAAGUAUUCACUGAAACAUUUUUUUUUUUUUUUUUUGCCGUUUCCUGCAUUGAAAUAAAUGCAUUGGAAGAUCAUUAUUUUCAGGAGUAUUUUUACAACAGAGAGCACCCUAUAGCAAAAUCA